GUGGAUCGAUGUGAGAGGAUGAAGCUUCUACUCAGCAGUCUGAUACUCGCCUCCUUCUACGCCUGCUCGAGUGUUUCAUCUCCAGGCAGACCUGCUGUUACCCAGAGUGCUGAUGUCUCUGUGGUGGAGGGGGAGACAGUAAACAUCAGCUGCUGCUGGACACCGGAGUUUGAAAGACUGAGAGUUCAGUGGCUGGAAAAUCAAACAGAUAUGAAGGAGAUUUUGUACUUGAAGAAUCUCUCUCAUGGAUCUCUGCCAGAGGAGACGUCUGACUGCUCAAACUUGACCAUUACGAAUGUCACGAGAGAGGAUUCAGGGGGAUACAUCUGCAAGGUGACAGUGGACAUACCAGUUUUAACUGUGGUUGAAGGAAAUGGUACUGUCAUCACCGUUACGGCCAGAGACAACACAAAGGACAACACAGCAGGAGGUUCUCACUGGGAGGAAGUGCUCAUUUAUGUCCUGAGGUGCCUGCCCAUCCUCGCCCUCAUCAUCACCUUCUUCUUCAUCAAUAGUUUAGUGACCAAAGCUCAGCAACACGCACCAGCUGCUCCUGGAAAUGAACGCACUCCAGCCCUAAGGAGAGGGGAAACCCAAGAAGAAGAGGAAAGAGAUGCGAGGGAGAUAAAACCAGAGUAAAAGAGAGAGAAAAUCAACACGUGUCACCUUUAAUGAGAGGCUGAUGAUUAAGAUGUCAAAUAUAAACCGCACUGUCUCGAUCUCUUCUUGCUUUGACUUCAGCUGUGUUCUUGAAAGCAUGCCAUUAAAAAUAAUGCGAAACGGGUUACAGGAUAAGUAUCAUUUUUCUUCCAGAUUUUUGAAACAUACAUGAUUUACUGUAUAAAUACAGCACUUCAGUAACGGAAAGGGACAAUUCAUGAUUUGGUCUGAAGGUGGACCCAUAAACUUAAAUUAGAGCCUCUCUGUGAAGGGUCUUCUCACACUUUGAGGACCCCUAGUGGUGGCACUAAAAAUAUACACUAUAACACAACAAUUCAUGCCUGUACUCUUACAUGGAUCUGACCCUUGGACACAGAUGAAUGGUACGACCCAUUUAAUUAAAGACAGCACCAGUUCCCAACGGAUUUGUCUCAGUUUUCUGCAAACAACAACUCACACGCUCAGAGUGAUGUGAAAGAUAGCAUGUAGUCACUUAACAGCUGUAAACAUGAGGGUUUUAACCAAAGUAAAACUACAAAAUACCACCCAGUACACUUUUUGAAUGCUCCAAUGCUGGUAUUUAACUUACUAUACAGACACUAAAAUAUAUCAGGUGAACUAG